AUGAAGUUACAUUUUUUAAAUUUUAUGAUUUUACUUUAUGUAAAAUUAUGUAUAACAAAAAUAACGGCCAUGGAAUAUGUGAACAGUGGAGGAUACAAAAUGCCUGUAUUAGGACUUGGAACGUACACAGUAACACACGAAGAAGAACUGACAAAUGCUCUUAAUAAGGCACUGGAAAUCGGUUACCGCCAUAUCGACACAGCGGCUGUUUAUAGAAACGAGCAUAUAAUAGGAAAAGUCCUUAACGAGUGGAUUUCAUCUGGAAAAGUUAAAAGGGAAGAUCUUUUUAUCACCACAAAACUAGGACGUUUUAACUUUUUUCCAGACCAAGUAGAGAAAGCUCUAAAUACGUCUUUACAAAAAUUGCAGCUUGACUAUGUAGAUUUGUAUUUGGCUCAUUUUCCAGUUGCGACAAAACUAAAUGAACAAAAGAAGGAAAUCGUACAACCAACGGACAUUAUAUCUGUUUGGAAAAAAUUAGAAGAACAAGUAACCGCAGGAAAAACCAAAACAAUCGGUCUUUCCAAUUUUAACAUUUCACAAAUUCAAAGGAUACAAAAAAUUGCUAAGAUACAACCAGCUAAUUUGCAAGUCGAGUUACAUCCUUACUUUCAACAAAAGGAAUUACGGGAAUUUGCUAAAACAAAUAAUAUUACCGUAACGGCAUACUCUCCAUUAGGAGCGCCUGGCCUUAACAAAUAUUUUAAGGAAUCAAAUAAACCGGAAGUUACUUUGCCAGAUAUUCUAAACGAUGAAACUGUAACCAAAAUAGCAGCUUCCCACAAGAAAUCGUCUGCUCAAGUUGUACUUAGAUUUUUGAUCCAGCUAAACCUAAUCAUUAUUCCCAAAAGUACAAAUCCAAAACGCCUAGCGGAUAAUUUUGAUGUAUUUGAUUUUACUUUGAAUGACGAAGAAAUAAAAUCAUUACAAAAAUUGGAUAAAGGAAAAAAGGCUAAAAUAUUUAUUAUGCAGUAUUUGGCAGAAAACAUUGUCGAUCAUCCAGAGUAUCCUUUCCAUGAGAAUAUUUAA